UGUACAACUCUGCUUGUCACUACCUGACAACAACAAGGCCACGAGCUACCUCGAAGAGCUUUUCGUAGUUAGUUUAAUUUUUAGGAUCAGUCCUCAUCAGUCCUCUUCGGCCAUCGGUGUAACAGUUAUGGCGACCGAGUCCAAGCCGCCCUUCCCUCCGUUCACGCAGGAAACGGCCCGGCAGAAGGUCAAAGCUGCCCAAGCUGCUUGGAACACCAAAAACCCCGAGCUUGUCCAAUUCGCCUACACCCCUGACUCGAUCUGGCGCAACCGGGACACCUUCCUGCAGGGCCGGGAGGCGAUCGUCGACUUCCUCCGCAAGAAGUGGGCAAAGGAAAGAGACUACCGCCUGAGGAAAGAGUUGUUCGCCUUUACAGACAACAAGAUUGCUGUCCAGUUUUGGUACGAGUGGAGAGACGAGACGGGCCAGUGGUGGCGGACGUACGGGCUGGAGGACUGGACGUUCGCAGACAACGGUCUGAUGAAGAAGAGGCAGAUGAGCGGGAAUGAUGUGAAGAUCCAGGAAGAUGAGCGGUGGUUCAAGGACGGGGUUGACGUUGACACUGUUGAGAUAAGCGAGAAGCAUUGGUAGGUUAGCAAGCAGUCGUCACUUACACUGUGUACUGCAUAUAUGUAUGUACAUACAAUACAAAUGCGUGUCAAUUUCACCUAAACUCGAAGUCUU